CGUCCUUGGUUGUGGCAAAGGCUCUUAGCUGCUAUUCUCACUACCGACGCCAGGCGGCGUUUCAAGACCCGGUGCAUUGCAUUCUGGGCCAGUGGCUGUCAGGAAAACUAGCCAAGAUGUCGGCCCUAACUGUGAUGGGAGAGCGCUCCACUGGAGAUAACAUCCGCACACAGAACGUUAUGGCUGCGACGUCCAUAGCUAACAUUGUGAAGAGCUCUCUGGGACCAGUGGGUCUGGACAAGAUGCUGGUAGAUGAUGUUGGGGACGUGACAGUGACCAAUGAUGGUGCGACCAUCCUGAAGCUUCUGGAGGUGGAGCACCCGGCUGCCAAGGUUCUGUGUGAGCUGGCAGACUUACAGGACCAGGAGGUCGGGGACGGAACCACUUCUGUGGUGAUCAUCGCAGCUGAGCUACUGAAGAAUGCUGAGGAGCUGGUACGUCAGAAGAUCCACCCCACCUCCAUCAUCAGUGGAUACAGACUGGCCUGCAAGGAAGCAGUGAAAUACAUCCAGGACCACCUGACCAUCAACACAGACGAGCUGGGGAGGGAGUGUAUCAUCAACGCAGCCAAGACAUCCAUGUCUUCAAAACUGAUUGGAGCUGAUUCUGAAUUUUUUUCCAACAUGGUUGUGGAGGCAGCCAAUGCAGUGAAGAUGAGUGAUGGGAAGGGGGGAGUGAAAAUCCCCAUUAAAGCAGUGAACGUACUGAAGGCCCACGGCCGCAGUGCUAGGGAGAGCAUCCUCGUCAAUGGUUAUGCUCUCAACUGCACUAUUGCUGCCCAAGUUGGCAUGCCAAAGAAAGUGACCAAUGCAAAGGUGGCUUGCCUGGACUUCAGCCUCCAGAAGGCCAAGAUGAAGUUGGGUGUCCAUGUACUUAUCAACGACCCUGAGAAACUAGAUGCCAUUCGUCAAAGGGAGUCUGACAUCACCAAGGAGAGAGUGGAGAAGAUCCUGGCCACAGGUGCAAACGUGGUGCUGACCACAGGGGGCAUCGAUGACCUGUGUCUCAAGUACUUCAUGGAGAAGGAUGCCAUGGCUGUGAGGCGCUGCAAGAAGUCGGACCUCAAGAGGAUCGCCAAGGCAACUGGAGCCACCCUUGUAAGCAGCCUGGCCAAUCUGGAAGGAGAAGAGUCGUUCGACGCCUCCCUUCUGGGUGGUGCUGAUGAGGUGGUGCAGGAGAGGAUCUCUGAUGAUGAGCUCAUUCUUAUCAAGGGGCCCAAGGCUCGUUCAGCCAGCUCUAUCAUCUUGAGAGGUGCCAAUGACUUCUACUGUGAUGAGAUGGAGAGGUCUGUACACGACGCGCUGUGUGUGGUCAAGCGUGUGCUGGAGUCUAAGACCAUCGUACCUGGGGGUGGUGCAGUAGAAGCAGCUCUGUCCAUCUACCUGGAAAACUUUGCUACUUCUCUGGGUUCUCGGGAACAGUUAGCUAUUGCGGAGUUUGCCCGCUCUCUGUUGGUGAUUCCAAAGACGUUGGCAGUGAACGCAGCUCAGGACUCCACCGAACUGGUGGCCAAACUGCGGGCCUACCAUAACACAUCACAGAUCAACACAGAACGCAGUAACCUCAAAUGGGUUGGUCUAGACCUGUAUGAGGGCACCAUUCGAGACAACAAGAAGGCAGGAGUCUUCGAGCCAGCCAUGUGCAAGAUCAAGUGUCUGAAGUUUGCCACGGAGGCGGCCAUCACAAUCUUGCGGAUCGAUGACAUGAUCAAGCUGUUGAAGGAGGAGAAGGAGGGAGGAGGAUAUCAACAGGCUUACGAAUCAGGAGCACUGGAGGGUUAAUUUAAUUAUGGAAUUGUUAGGCUAUUUGUGCAUUUCCUUGUGUUUUAUGUGUUUUUGCAUUUGAAGUACACUGUAGCUAGUUUGUCAAUCCUCCUUUGUCCAUCCCCUUUAAAUUUCCAGAAUAAGGCAUUGAAUGAAAUAUAUACUAUGGUGAAUCAAGAGCACUGCACCAAAUUAAGUACCAUCAGUUGCAAGAAAUUUAUUUCAUGUCAGAAAUAUUGAUGAUAAUGUGUGACAACAAGAAUUUGUGUUGUAUUAUUAAUAAAUGCAGUGGCCGUAAAGUUA